CGGGGUGCGUGGCCGCCCCCACCGGUGUCUAGACUUCCUUAGCCUCGAAGUCUCUUCACCACUUGUGCCUUAUCAACAUAGACGGUGCAGCAUACAGUGCCCAUGCCAUGACUUGCAUAUCGGGAAAUGCAAUCGACGCUGCAAGGAUAUUAAUCCAGGUGUGAUUGCGGAAUUGUUCGGAAAUCCUGCAAUGUGCAGUUUAUUGGCAUAUUCUCAUUACGCUCAUCUAUGAUCCGAAUGAUGCCGUCCACUCGCCACAUUGAUCCACACCGUGUUCCGGCCAAUGUCUGUGCGGCAAGAGCUGAUAACCGCUGGAUGUCUAGCCCUCUGUGUACUGCGCCCUCUGCACCAUCUGGGCCAGGGACGGCACAGUUCUACGCCCAGUCAUACUGCGACAGCUGGGCUGCCCCUUACGCAAGUCUGGUUACAGCUCAAACAUGCCUCCUCCAAUAAGACAAUCUACCCGUGGAUAAUAAUAACCUUUCGAAUCCAAGCUUUCAAGGCAGCCCUGCCGUCUUCGUUCUCGCGCGAGUCUUUGACACAUUCCUUACAUACUUCACUUCUCUCCCAUUUCUUUCACUUUGUCUUCGUCUCUUUCUUUGUCUCUUAGAAUUCCCCCUGUCGCUCUUUAGCUAAUCGGGUACAUCAUUCUGCCCGCAUACAUCUUUACGUUGUGACAACCUAGACGGCGUCCCUUCUUUGUGGGCCUUUUGGACCAUCUUCUGUCCCUUCUUGAUCACUCUCUCUUUGUCCUUCACCUGCCAUAUUAUCUUCAUUCCCUCUCUUUGAAGGCUCGAUUUUUAUUCUCGAUUCCUCUACCAAGGAUGCCGUCUUCAUCGCUCUUGCUGAGCGUUGCUACGCUUGCCAUCUCCACCUUGGUCUCUCCCAGUUCAGCUAGCUCCGUUUUUCGACGCGCAGGCGCUUCGUACCAGCUUGUUGAGUCAUGGCAAGGGGAGAGUUUCUUUGACUACUUUGAUUUCUUCACGGAGACUGAUCCUACUCACGGCUUUGUCACCUACCUUGACCAGAGUAGCGCAGAAUCCUCCGGGCUUGUCAACGUCACUUCGAGCGGUAGUGUCUACUUGGGCGUCGAUCACACUACUGUCCUGCAGGACAAUGGCCCAGGCCGAAACUCUGUUCGUAUCAGCAGCAAGAAGUAUUAUGAACAGGGACUCUUCAUUGCCGACAUCCAGCACAUGCCCGGGAGUAUUUGUGGUGUCUGGCCCGCGCUCUGGACUGUUGGCAAGGACUGGCCCCAAGAUGGUGAGCUUGAUAUCAUCGAGGGUGUCAACCAACAACAAGUGGAUGAAAUUGUUGCACACACAGGGGGCGAGUGCACCCUCACCAACACUGGUAUGACGGGCCAGGUCACCGCCUCCGACUGCAGUUUACAAGGUGGCACAUCAGGUUGCACCGCCAAUGCUGGGCCUGGUUCUUACGGCAACUCCUUCAAUGAAAACCAGGGCGGUGUAUAUGCCAUCGAAUGGACCUCGGAUUUCAUCAAGAUCUGGAUCUUCCCUCGCAGCUCAAUUCCCGAGUCCAUCACCAGUGGUAACCCCGACGUCUCGACCUUUGGAACCCCUGUCUUCAGGUUGGAGGAUUCUUGCAAGGUCUCAGAGCAAUUCUUGUCUCAGCAAUUCAUUAUCGACACCACUUUCUGUGGCGACUGGGCCGGUGGGGUUUUCCUCAACUCGGGCUGCCCGCUGAGCAAUCCCAACGAUGCUACCCAAAGCUGUGUGAACUAUGUUGCCAGCAACCCUUCGGCCUUCACUGAAGCAUACUGGGAGAUCAACUACAUCAAAGUGUAUCAGAAUACUACCGGACAGGCAUCCUCGUCUGUAGCUGUUCCCAGUUCAUCUUCUGUGGUGCCGGCGUCCGAGUCUACUCCUGCUCCUGUUGCUACUUCUAGUGUCCCUGGCGACCCCCCGUCCGGAAGCACUCUGCCUUCCCCGGCGGACACUCCUGGUGCCACGGUUCCUUCCGCCACCACGGAGCUUGUUGUUCUCACAACUACCAUUUGCCCAGAAUCUCUUGCCACUUCCACGACUCUCGUUGGUGGAUCCAGCGUCGCUCCCAUUGCCUUGAGUGUUGUCGAGAGUCCUAGCCCUGAGUCUCCUGCUCCCGAAAUUUCUACUCCUAAUGCCCCUGGCCCGGCCCCCACCAGUCCUGGUUUCUCGGCUGCCUCGCCUCUCUCGUCCACGUUGGCCAUUUCACCCUCUCCGUCGGUGACUCCUGUCAUCCCCAGUGGCGCGUCUCCGGCACCCUCCAGCUUCGUUCCUGUGGAGUCCUCCUACCUUGCACCCCCCGCCAGCUCAACUGUUUCUGGGAGCUCUUAUCUUCCACCUGGCGCUUCCUCGGCAUUCCCUCUUGCCACUGGUGCUGCGAACAAAGCCUCCUUCGGGAUGCCAGGUGUCAUUGGAGCCGUGGCCAUUGCACUUCUCGUGUAACAAUGACCCUGUGGGGCUUGUAUUGAUGGUGGAUAUUUGAAGUAUGUCUUGUCCCGUGAGAUCGUCUGUUCGUUUCAUUGUAGAAUUACGUUCGAACUGAGUUUUGGCCUUGUUAUCCUGGGCAAGAGUCCGAAUUUUUAGUUAAAUACUUUUUUUACCCACCUAAUGUGCUUUCACUCCACUUGAUUGGAAC